GCCCUUUACGGAAAUAAUUUUCUAUCCUUCCUAUCCUUCCUACAGUCAGCUUCGAUAAGGUACACCCUUGAGCUCUGAUUUGGGGAGUCAGCCGCAGAGGCGCCUAUCUUCAAUAGUCGCCUACAACUACGCUGUCUUCAGAAAGCAACGUAAUCCAAUGCGCCCGACGCUGGUACAUAUGUCUUCCAUAAAACGAACAUAUCGCGCCACUAUGCCAAAUGAUCCUAGUUAUUCGACAAGUACCUAUCUUAUCAUCGGCACUUCGACCGGAUGGCCUUUUCGUCAUACGACGAGAUUCUCAAGGAGUUGCACAAGCAGAUCCAUGCGAGGCUUGAGAGACGUGAGAUUACCGAGCUGCGCUUCGCAAAGGUUGGAACCGCCCGCGAAGUGCUCCACUCAACCAUCCUGAAUCACUUAUACCUUAGUGUCGUGCCUCAAUCCAUUGAAGAGUACUUCGGCCUUGGCAUAACUGCAGAGAUACUAGUCUCUCGAACUUCAGAGCGACGACUCCAUGAUUUCUUAGCUACUUUGAUCUAUGCGCGCUGUAGCAUAGCAGCAGCUAGAAAUUUCAUCACGAAUCUUCUUAUCCCUUCUCCCUCUGCUUGGUCAAGAUGCUCCGAUGGAGGACGCAGGCCCGGCCAACUGCCAGCAGACCGAUCACAGCUUCAGCAAAUACUCGGUGUAGAUAAUGACCCCGAUAUCAAUAGUUUCAUCGACACGCAACCCUGUUUUUGUCCCGUUGUCCUUUUACAGGGCGAGGAUGUCCAAGUCCCUGAAGGCGGGAGGCAAAGACUCCCUUACCUAUCCAAUGAGAAACUGCUCGGGGAAGGGGCUUACGGCGAAGUAUACAGCGUUGAAGUCGCUCCGGGACACUUGAGAGAUAACCGAUCUUCUAUGGUAAAUAAUAAGCCCAGGUUAAUUGCACGGAAAGACUUCAAGAAAAGUGAUAGUUUUCAGAAAGAGUACGACAAUAUGAAGCGGAUUCUGUACACGACUCGGAAAUGCGAGAACAUCCUCGAGACCUUGGGUAGCCUUCAGCUUGGCGGGAACACUUUCAGCCUAUUCAUGCCUCUUGCAGAAUGCGACCUUGGGAAAUGGAUGAAGAUGAAUGCGCCGCCCACUGACGAUUUAAAGAAAGCAGAAUUUCUCCAGAGCGCCUCAGGCUUGGCGGAUGGCUUGCAAUUUCUCCAUUCCGAAAUUAGAGAUCAAAACCACAAUCCGAUAGUAUGUUACCAUAUGGAUCUCAAGCCAGCAAACAUUCUGGUUUUCCGUGACGAGAGAGAUCAGAACAAGCUCAUUUUCAAGAUCAGUGACUUUGGCAUGUCACGUGUUAAAAUUUCGCGUCAGAAUGAUUACAGAGAUAUCAGUAUUGCUUUUCAGAAGAGGGAAGAGACGAUUAUGUCGGGGACGGUGAAUCGGCGAGCUGAGGGCACAUUCCUUGCGCCUGAGUCAACCAAUGACUUGCGGAAGAUGAACGAAAAAAGUGACGUCUGGUCGCUAGGGUGUGUUGUCAGUGUUAUGCUCACGUACAACGAAGAAGGGCAAAAGGGUAUCGAUACGUAUUCGAAUGAACGCUCUGACCGUUCCAAGAGUCAUGGAGCUGGAGGUGGUGACUUUUUCUUCAUUCGUCAUACAAAUUUCACGAAAACCAAACUGCAUCCAGCUGUCAGAGAUUGCCAUAAACGCCUUAUCAAACAAGCUAAACAGAGAAAUUCGAUUGAAGGAAACGCGGUGGAGGACAUAUUAAAGCAUCUUGAAGAAAAGAUUUUGCAGCUAGACCCUGGUCAAAGGGAAUCCGCAAGAUCUAUUAGCGAUAAACUUCACAAAGCCUCCGGUGAUUACCAAAAACUCAGUGAGAAAAUGGAGAGCGACGAGGAGUCGGGGCCUUCGGACAUGAUAGGCAAGAUAUUUGCGCCACUGAAGCGAGUAAUUUCUCAUCGACACGGCCUAGGGGAGACCCAGAUUAGAAGUUGGCGGCUCGCCGAUACAAGGACUUUCAUUGGGUGUUCUAUCUCGCAUAGCGGUGUCAUUAUAGCCUAUUGGACGAGGGACUGGAUCAACCUAUAUAACGCGCAAUCGUUUCUACCAUAUAAAGGAAGGGAAAUUAAUAAGGUCGCUAAGUAUAAGCUUGAUGUCCCUGGCGAAUGGAAAAGCGUAAGACUCACCGAGAAGUAUCUUAUUGCUUCAACAACAGGCUCUCAACCCCACCUUUACCUAUUCGAUUUGGACAGAUACGAUAGAUCAGGACCGAGUUUCGAUAAGAAAUACGAGAUUGCGCUCCCGACAUCGAACCAAAAUGGCGUUUAUCAGAUAGCCAUAUCUCCAGACAGUAAAAUGAUCGCCUGUGUGGCUCCCCAAGGCGAAGACAAGUCCUGGGUCUGUUAUGCUGACAUCCGGAGUCUGCUCCAAAAUAGGACUCAAAGGAUUAAUUCUGAGACCACAUUAAGCUCAAGCAACGAACUGCAGCAUAAGAUUAUCCACAGGAGCCUGUGGGGCCAAUUCUCCGUGGAAGCGCCAGAGAGGAAUGUUACACAUUUAUUAUUUCCAGCGGAUGAUUAUCUCUGUGCAGUCGCCCAGCCGGAUAUAGAUAGACAACAUAAUGUCCGGGUUUCAUGUUUGUCACUACUCUCUAGAGCAGUUGUGUCUUUACCAAUAGAAAACCCCCUCAAUUCAAAACCUCAGGAUUUCGAUAGUGGCAACUCCGCAGGCCUCUUUACGACCCUAGCAGUUUUAGAUAAUAAACCAACAAUGGCAAUCGUCCUCUACGGAAACCAACUACUUAUUCGAAGUUUUGGGAUCACAGAUGGUUACGCCAUCAAUAAGAACACAACUCUUCAGAAUUAUUCCAUUGCCGAGCUGUUGGUAGACAAACAACGGUCAAGGCUCUUUGCCUUUGGAAGGAAAACCGGAAAGCAUAUGAUGUUGCUAUUAGAAUUGCCUAUUACUCGCUCGGGCCGCAUAGAGAAGCCUCGGGAGAUCAAAGAGCUUCCCGACCUUCGUUAUGGCGACAAAUUCGCCGCUAGGCUCCUUAGCAACGAAGAUAUACCUCCUAUUCAGGGAUCAGGGGGGCUUAGUGCAAUGAACCAAGGCGGAGUUAUUAUUGUAUCGUCAUAUGCUAACAAUUGCACCACGAUAUAUUGGAUCAACCUCCCAAACCCUCGAUAGAAAAUAGCAAUUUCUUAAUAGCACGUCUAAGUCUCAGCCAGCUCCAUUUUUCCGAUGAGUUGUUCAAGCACGCACGUUCUCAGGCCCUCCUGUAGAUCCCCCUUUUAUUGAUAAAGUGCGCCGGGCCAAUGUCCCCAAACCCCCAACAUUAAAGC